CAUGACGCAAGUUCCAACUCAAACUCUCUUUUUCCCUUUUUUCCUUCUUUUUUUCCUCAUUUCUUUUCUCUCUCCUCCUUUUCCUCUUUUCUUCAUCUCAUCUUUUGCUUGUCUAUUUUUAUUUUACGUUAAUAAUUAAUUAAUUCCUCCCUCUGCUUCUCCGUUCAUUUGCUUGAUCUCCCUUUUUCUCUCUUGCUCUUCAUUGUAUCCUCCCUGGGCGACCGUCUCAGUACUCGGCGAGUCGGCGCCCACGUUCUCUCCUAUUUCCUAUUUUUCUUCCUUCGUUGUAUAGAGUCAUUAUUAUUAUUCGUCUAUUCUAAUUUUAAUUUUUAUUCUAUUUUAUUCCUUUUUUCUUUCACCCACCAAUUUAUCGACGACGUUCAGCCGCAUUCUUCUGCAGCAUCCCACUUGCUCGAGGCAGCAAGUUCCGAGGCCUGACCAGCCAUGUUCCGUCGCAAGAGGAGCUCUUCGCAACAUCAGCCCCUCGCAAGUCCAUCACAAACCGCUCAUUCCGCCGCCUCUCAUGCCUUUCUCCAAUCGCAACCCUCCUCCAGUAAUCUCUCGUCCGCCGCAGCCGCCGCCGCUCUACGAAGUCUCACGCCAACCCCUCAACCCGUCGAAAAUGUCCAGACGAAACGCAUCCAGCGCCGGGCGUCCAUCACAUCCCAGCCCAACCUCCGCGCCGGGCAGACGCAUACCCUCCGCCGUGCCAGCAGCUCCAGUUCCAUGAGCAACCGUACUUUCCGUCGCGAUCAAUCUCCCGGUCGUCCGUCUACCAGCCAGAGUCAUUUGAUAAACAGAGAUGCGCCACCAUUGCCGUCGCUGCCUCCGGGGUAUACGUCGCCGACGCCGAAGCCGUCGCCUUCCAGCCGGCGCUCGGUCAGCGUGUCGCCAACCAUGCGGACCAUGUCUCCUCCGAGGCGGACGAACACCCGUGGUAUGAGCGUUGGUCCGGCGGUUGCGCGAAGUCCAACGACAUCGAAUGGUUUGGGCACGGUCCACGAACUUGAGAGGUCCGGUAGCAGGAAUUCGAUCAACUUCUCUUAUCCGAUGGCCUCCCGUCCUAUUUCGCCGUCUCCACCGCCAAGUCCACAGUGCCAGCAUCCAGUGCCUACAUCAUUAGCGGAGCAUCAGAACGGCGGUCGCAGCGGCGCAGGCGGCCAUUGUCCCCGGUGCAACUGGCACCCGGGAGCAAGCCCCUGCUCCGUCGCGGCCCGUUAUGGUCAAACGACCGUCGACUGUCCGGGAGGAUCACCAUGGCGAGGAACGUGCUGA